UAACUAGUAUCAUGUCUCUUCCAUUCUCUCUCUCUCUCUCUCUAAUGUGGCUAGAGUGGCUGAGAUCACCAAGUAGGGCUCACACCUCCCCAAGACAGCCGCAGGAGCCACCUUCACCAAGGUACUUCUCCUGCUCAUCUUUCAAAGAUAUCAAUGCCAUUCUCUUAGAAGAACAAAAUGGAUCUAAAUCCCAACCCCAAACCCCCAGAAGACCCUCCAUUUUCCACCGCGCCUCCCCACUCCACGGCCACCACGGCAACCACUCUAAAACAUUCAUAAUUUCACCACCUCCUAACCAGGAUGACCACGAGAUCAUCCUCUACUUUACCAGCCUCGGCAUUGUCCGCAAAACAUUCGAAGAUUGCAGAACCGUCAGAUCAAUCCUCCGUGGAUUUCGCAUCCCAAUUGACGAGCGAGAUUUGUCCAUGGAUGCCGGGUAUCUCGACGAGAUACAGAUGAUCACAUGUUCUAAAAAGGUUAGGUUACCUGCAGUUUUCUUAGGUGGGAAGUAUGUUGGUGGGGCCGAGGAGAUCAAGGAGAUGAAUGAGAGUGGUGAGUUGAGUAAGCUGAUUGGUGGGUUACCCUUUGUAGGAAACAAUAGUUUCUGUGAUGUUUGUGGAGAGCUGAGACAUGUUCUUUGCGCACAGUGCAAUGGCAGCCAUAAGAUCUACUCUGAGAAGCAUGGGUUUACGACCUGCACAUCGUGCAAUGUAAACGGUCUGGUUAAGUGCGGCCUAUGUUAUCCCGUGAACCGGCGGCGAAUGUCAACUUAG